UUCAGCCGCUGCUACAGGGACCCCCAAGAUGGAAACGCAGGGGCUGCCUGCCGCUGUGGAGGCGGCCCAGCCCGAGCCCGGCACCCAACAACAUGGCGGCGGCGCCGUCGUGGACGACGGGGCUUCCUCCGCAGGGCCUGCUCGCCGAGCGCACCCUCCUCAGCCGCGAGACGCGGCGGCGGCGGCAGGAGCCUGGGGCCUGGACGUGACAUUCCCGGUGUUGCUGCUGCUGGAGGGGAAGAAACUACCGGAGCCGCCGCCGCCGCCUCCGCCGCCGCCGCCGCCUCCUCCGCCCCCUCAGCCCGUAGUGCCACCGCCAGCACCCGCCACCAGUGCCGCUCCUGCCUCCACCGCCGUCACGCUGCCGCCGGGAGCCGCAGGCCCAGGGCCGCAACAGCCGCAGCCGGCGGCGGACAGCGACGCUCUGCUGCUCGUGCUCAACUUGGUGCGGCAGGGCGGAGCCUCCGGAAGCCCCUCGCGCGGGCCCUCGCAGGAGCUGCCGCCGCCGCUGCCGCCGCCGCCGCCGCGGGAGCAGGAGGAGAAAGCCGGUGACGGAGGAGGAGGGGAAGGACCGGCUUCAGGGGCUCCGUCCGAGGCCAGCGGACAGCAGGAGGAGCCCGGCAGCAGCUCGGGCGGCUCUUCCUUCUCGGGCACGCUCACCAUCAACAAUCAGAGCCUGCUGGUGCGCUUCGAAAACGGCCUUCUCAGCCUCGGCGGGCCCGCGCCGCAAGCGCCAGCCUCGCUUCCAGCCCAGCCGCCGCCUCCGCUUCUUUCGCCUCAGGUGCUGCCCCCCAGCCCUUGCGUCGAGCCUCCGACUCCGGCCACCAGCGGCCCCUCGCGGACUCCAGCGUCUUACCCCUGCCCCGAACCUCGCUGCUCAGAGGCCUUUUCCCGCAAGCAGCUGCUGCGGUUGCACCGGUUGUCCGCCCACGGCGGGAGCCCGCCGGGUGCGGCGCAGGAUGGCGGCGGCGAGGUGGCGGCGGGCGCAGGCCGAGCGGCGCGUCCGUUCUCCUGCCCCGUCCCCGGCUGCGCUUGGGCCUUCGCCACCGCCUACAAGUUGCGGCGCCACCUGCACUCUCACGACAAGCUGCGGCCUUUCGCCUGCUCCGCGCCCGGUUGCACGAAGCGCUUCACCACCAUCUACAAUCUGCGGGCGCACGGCCGGGCCCACGAGCAAGAGGCGACGCACAAGUGCGAGGCUUGCGGGCAGCGUUUCCCCAGCGCAGCCCGACUUGGGGCGCAUCAGCGGCGGAGCCAUCUGGAACCAGAUCGCCCUUACCGCUGCGAGUAUCCAGGUUGUGAGAGGACCUUCAUAACAGUGAGUGCAUUGUUUUCUCAUAAUCGAGUUCACUUCAGGGAACAAGAAUUGUUCUCCUGCUCCUUCCCAGGCUGUAGCAAGCAGUAUGACAAAGCCUGUCGACUAAAAAUCCACAUGCGAAGUCACACAGGUGAAAGACCUUUCAUCUGUGACUUUGAAGGCUGUGGCUGGUCCUUCACCAGCAUGUCCAAGUUGUUACGACACAAAAGGAAACAUGAAGAUGACAGAAGAUUUACAUGCUCUGUAGAAGGCUGUGGAAAAUCAUUCACAAGAGCAGAACACUUGAAAGGCCAUAGUAUAACUCACCUUGGCACAAAACCAUUUGAAUGCCCAGUAGAAGGUUGUUGUGCAAAGUUCUCAGCACGCAGCAGCCUGUACAUUCACUCCAAGAAACACCUUCAGGAUGUGGACUCAUUGAAGACCCGUUGCCCUGUAUCCAGCUGUAACAAACUGUUCACUUCAAAGCAUAGUAUGAAAACGCACAUGGUGAAGCAACACAACUUAAGUGCAGAUCUCCUAAAUCAGAUGGAAACUAUCAGUUCCCUUACGCCUAGCAGUGAACUCUCCAGUCCAGCACAAAGUGACCUGAACAAUGUAGAUCUUGUGUCCCUUUUUUCCAGUGUGUCUGGACACACUUCUGGAAUUUCGACUGAGAUGGCACUGAUAAACUCUGGAAUUCUCACUAUAGAUGUUGCUUCUGUGGGUUCCACACUUGGCGGCAAUCUUUCCGUUGGUAGCAAUUCUCUUGGUCAGACGGUUGACCCAUUGAUUUUAGUGGCUAGUAGUGACAUUCCACACAGCCUGGAUAGCUCUCUUCUCUUGGGAACCACUGCCACAGUUUUACAGCAAAGCACUUUAAAUUUGGAUGAUGUACAGACUGUAAAUGCAGAAGCUUUAGGUUCUUUAGCAUCUUUGUCCACAAGGAAUUCUGGUCAGGACCUGCAUGAUUUGACCUCCAGCAAUAAUUUGUCAGUAGACACAGCCACUUUAACCCCUUCCAGCAGCCUUGGAGGAAACAAUGCAUCUGAACUACUCACUCCAAGCAAAGCAGAGCCAUCUUUGCUUCCUAGCCUGGAUGUUGUGGGACAGCAAGAAGGCAGUAAAGUGGUGACUCAGUUUGUGUUCUCCAAUCCAUCAGGAAGUUACAGUGCACAGAAAGAAACUGAUUUGAGCACGGUGACUGGCAGCUCCUUUCUGGAGAGCGGUGGCUCUGCAAGAACAGAUUAUCGAGCAAUUCAGCUUGCCAAGAAAAGAAAACAGAAAGGAAAUGGUAAUGACAUAGGGAUCCCUAACUCCGGCAUAAGAAAGAGCAAAGGUGAUAAAGUUAGUUCUUCCAGCCACGGGAAUCGGUUAUGUAAUAGUGUCUUACCAAAUGGAAGCCCGCCUGUGAGAGAUCCAUCAGCUGGUACACAAUUUGUUCAAAUUCAGUUACUUCAGGAUGAUUCUCCAGGAGAAGGAGAUCUACCCUUUCAACUCAGUUCCCAGUCAUCUUCUUCCCAUUCCCAGCUGACUGUGGACUUACCUGUUCAUAUACUUCAGGAGCCACAUAAUUCUGCUGAGGAGGAUGCCAGUUCUGAUAAUUCGCAGUUUACAGGAAGCACCAUUAAUCUACAAGACCUUGAAUGAUGGUGUGGGAACAGAAAACUGAAAUGUUGAAGCUCAACAGCAUCUUCAGAGACUUCUGUUCCUGGCUUUUAAAGAAAAACAUGAAAAUAGGAGUGCACACAGACCAGUGCUACCUUGUGGCUUUGUGUGAUGGUGAUCGUGCAAUGAAAAACUUAUUCAGUAAAUAUUAUUUGAUAAGGCUUUGGAGAUCUUGGCAUGUUCUGUCUUGUGGUCAGAAAAAGGUACUGACAGGAGCGAUAUUUAUGUUAUGCAACGGAUGCUUUGAAAUGCUGUCUUGAAGUGGAUGUGCUGUGAUGAUAUCCCACACUGAUGCUUUUAAGGACAGUCCCCAGAUACAAAUUAAUGGUUAAAGUUCACAGUGUUUCUUGAUGUUCAUACAAGUAGGUGUUGAGGGGCGGUCCCUACUUGAAAAUCGGACUGAAUGGAAAAUAACAGUGAAGAUCACUACAGUGUUGGUUUUCAAAAGCUUACAAUUUUUGUGGCACUAUUGAACAUAACAAAGUUGAAUGCAAAUUUAAGGGGACAGCUGCAGAAACAAUAGUAGAGUACUUGGGUACUAAAGGCUGAGAGAACUGUCAUUCCUUGGCCCCGCUGUCCCUAAACUUUUUUUAUAUACUGCCCUUUAGGAGCUUGCUGAGCAUCUUUUAUUUUUAAGGCCUUUAUUAUGUUUACAGUAAUACAAAACAGUGUUGCUAACUCCAGGCAUCUAAUGAAGUGGACUGUAGUCUGCAAAAACUUAUGCUGGAGUAAUAUCUUGAGUCUGUAAGGUGUCACAAGACUUUGCCAUUUUGCUGCAAAAGACUUAAAAUGGCAACCCUCUUUUAAAUGGUCACUUUAUGUAUAUCCCAGUCCUGUGCAUGUUUACUCAAAAAUAAGUUGCAGAGUUCAAUGGGACUAACAUUCAAUUAAGUCUUUAUAGUAUUUGCACCCUUGAUCUACUUGCCGUUUUACGUGCACACUAUCUGCUUGAGCAAGGAGCUUCCAACUAAUGUCCAUAGUAUGUGACAAGCAGAUAGGUGACUUCUUAACCAAGAAGGGAAGCUUCACAGUGUAGAGCAAAUCAGGACUGAGCAGAAGAAUAAAUAUCGGUGUUCAGCAACAAAUGUUAAGGCUGGAACUUAAGUCAUUGUUUUCAUGAUGUGCCCAAAUGGCUGUAAAAUUACACACAUAUAGGAUUUGGUUAUAAAGCAGUGUAUGAAUGAAUUUUUACUUCCAAUGAGUGUGAGUGCAAAGGAACUUGUAUUUUUUUACAAAACAAGAUAAACUUGUGUUCUUAAACGUCCAUGUAUUUAUUUGCUGUGAUGGGAUGCACUAAAACGAAGAUGCUUAGUUAUAAAUAGCAAUGGUGUACGUGUGUAGGGAAUCAGAAAAACGUUCUCUUUGGCCCUUUCCCAAUCCCAUUGGAAUUGGGCCCUCUGAAGUUCAUACCCAGUGAACAAUGGACUGACCCCAUUGGCCCCAAGUAUCUGGCUACAGCGACAAUUAGUAGAGCUGGUGUCAGGGCCUCCAUUAGACCUUGGAAAACUGCUGCUGCAUCAUUCUUCAUAUGAGGACUGCUGCCGUUCCUAGUAGGAAUGGCAGAAGCCCCGACAACUACAUUUUGAGGAUUGCUGGUAUCUGGAAAGAAUUGCUUCGGCCUUGUUUCACUUUGUAUGGUGUCAUUAGGAGCACACUGUGGUUGACAUGGCCUUGGAAAUAAAACUUUUUUUAAUCUUACCUUAUUGGGCAAUGAAUAAUUCUCAUUUUAACUUAUCCAAAUUGAGAAAGAAGGGAGCUCAUGUACUAAUCAAUUCCUGUGCCUUCUGAAUGCCAUGCCCAGUAAAAUGCAGCAGCAUUAAAGCAUUUUAUACAGAUUACUUUUCUCCAGAAUCUGCUUUGUAAUAUUUAUAUUAUCAAACUGUAAUAUAAAUUUAUAUUAUAAAGUUAUAAUAUAAAUUUAUAAUAUAAAAUUAACCAGUUUAAUUUCUCAUCAGCAGUGUAAAACCUAAUCGGCUACUGGCUUGACCUAGUAGUAUACUUUUGCAGUAGCAAGCUUGUGCAUAAAUAUUUUUUACAACCCUGAGAUGAAGUCUUCAAACCAGAAGGAGUGAAGAAACUGAUAAUUUUUGAAGCCUUUUUGGCUUUUAUUUUUUACAUCGCUAAAAUUCAGAAACUAAGAGUGAGUCUUUUACAAAGGUAUGACACUGUUUGAAAGAGUAAUUGGGGACAUCUUACCCCUAAAAUUCACAGUCACCUCAAAUUCUAUACUUGGUGGGAUGGUUUACACCUCUGUUUUGCCAGUGAUCCUCUGGGGGAUGAGGUACAGGCACACCCUGCCCUUUCCCAGGUAGCAGAGGUGACCUCGGGUUGAAGCAGAUGGUCCAUAAUGAGACUGAUUGAAAGGAGAGUUCUCUUCACGCUUUCUUGAGCAGGACGCAGCGCUUUCUACAGCCUUUGUGUAGAGUGCUUGCCCUGCAUGUUGCCUUAAGAUUGAUCCAUGGUAGAACGGGGUGUGAGCAGCACAGGCACUUCUUCAGGACUGAAAGAAGAUUACUGACAGAGGGUGUGAAUUGUAUCCCCCUAAUGUGGUGCUUUAGUUUUACAGAGACAUACUUAUUGAAUAAUAAGGCAUUGCUUCUGUGGGACGUAUAAAUGUAUUUUCUUCUGAAGAGUUUAUUUACUCAGCUUUGUAUAUCAUUGUAUAUUCCUAACAGCUUUAGGCUAAGCAUCAGAUUUAUCCCAGUGAAGUCCAUUGCUGGCAGUGGACAGUUAGAACUGCUGAGAUAACAAAAACUAAUAAAAAACAACUCAUGUCUGGUUUCUCCAUUA